UAAAUCAUCUCAUGUGGCGACGCAAGACGAUGCCCGGCCAAAUAGUUAAAAACAAUGUUGGGUAAUGACCUUUUGUUUUUGUUUUGUGAUAGUGGAAGAAUGCUACCGAGAAAAACGGCAAAGAAGCAAUAACUAAACUUCUCGCCGGUACUUGACGACAUUAGGGCGGCAUCAUGUUCGUGGUGGUGGAAAUGGUUGACACGGUCAGGAUUCCUCCGUGGAACUUCCAGAGGCAGCUCAACGAUACAAUAUCUGAAGAACUCAACAAGAAACUGGCCAACAAGGUAGUGUACAACGUUGGCCUCUGCAUCUGCCUGUAUGACAUCACUAAGCUGGAGGAUUCUUAUAUAUUUCCAGGGGACGGGGCCUCACACACUAAAGUUCAUUUUAGAUAUGUUGUUUUUCAUCCUUUCCUCGAUGAGAUUCUGGUUGGGAGGAUUAAGUACAGCAGUCAGGAGGGAGUCCAUGUAACCAUGGGGUUCUUUGAUGACAUCCUCAUUCCCCCUGAGUCGCUGCAGCAGCCUGCCAAAUUCGAUGAAGCAGAGCAGGUUUGGGUAUGGGAAUACGAGACCGACGAAGGGGCCCAUGAUCUCUAUAUGGACCAAGGUGAGGAGGUUCGUUUCCGGGUCACAGACGAGGUCUUCCUGGAUACGUCGCCAACGGGCCCCGCAGCUGCAACAACAGACACGGAACCACAAGAGGGACAAUCCACGGCCCCGCCAGCAGAAGACAGUGGGCAGAAGAAAGAGGCACCGUACACGCUAAUUGGGACCAUCUGUGAGCCAGGACUGGGCCUCCUGUCAUGGUGGAACAGCUAGUAACGGGCGAAUAAAGUAGGGAUUUGGCUGAAAUGAACAGAUUGGGUGUCAUUACUAAAAGAAAAGAAAAAAAAGGAGGAGCAGACAGCUAACAAAACAAGUCAAGUCAAUUUUAUUUGUGUAGCCAAAUAGCACAAAUGACAAAUAAAUUUGCCCCAAGGGGCUUCACAGCAACACAGCAUCCUGUCCUUAGACAUAGGUGCUAUACAAAGAAAAGUGCUAUACAAAGAAAAUCUGGUUGAUUGAUUAAACCCUUGCAUCGGAUAAGGAACAACUCCCUAAAAAAAACCUUUUAACAGGGCAAAAAAAUAGGAAGAAACCUCAGGGAGAGCAACAGAGGAGGGAUCUCUCUCCCAAGACAGACAACAUGCAGUGGAUGUUGUGUAACACAAUUUACACAAUACAACAUUGAAAGAGGAUAACAGAAUCAUAAUGGAAUUAUAAAAUAUAUGAAGAAUAUGAUGAGCAGGAUGCCAAGCAGUGUCCAGACGCCAUCAGAACAGCGUCACUAUAUAUAAAAACAAAAAAACAAGAGGAGAACUGAUGGAUAUCACCUCUCUCACUGAGCUGUGACCCCUCAUAAAGAUUUAGGGGUCUGUGAAGGGAUCCUGUUGACGUGGACGCAGAUGUUGCCGUAGUCCUCGAGUGUGCCAGAAGGGAGAGUCUGGAGUCUCAAUACUGGAAAAUUCAUGUUUUACUUCUGCUGUUAUUGCUGAGACAGAGACAUAGAGACCUUUGGACAUGAUCGGGGUCGGGUAUUCAGUCUCUGAAAGACUGUGUACCUCAAAUGGCGAAAUGCUUUCUGCACCUUGAGGGAGCCUGUUGGGUUUGAAAUAAACAGUGUAGCCUCAAAUGUGGCGCCCCGUCACACUAAGGUUCCCUCACCGGAACUGUUUGUAAGAGCUGCCGCUACCACUGUCCACCACUAACCUACCAGGAGUUCUGGGACACCCAAGGCACAGUCCUCACUUCCGGUCUAAAUGCAGAACUUCCAUGUGAACUGUCUAUUCUUCUUCUGCUUUCGGCUUGUUCCGUUUCCCAGGGGUCGCCACGAUGGAUUUGAUAGUACCCCAUCGGUACCCUGUGAGGGCACAGCACCCAUGGCGGUCUUGUCAAUCCGCAUAAUGAUUUGGCAAAAUGUUCCAUCAGAUGCCCCUCUUGACACAACCACUAACCCUGCGGACUGUCUGUUAAAGUCCUGUCUUGAACUUUCUAUUAAAAUUCAUAUGUAAAAUCAUCGGAAUUAUUUUUUUUUCAGG